ACGUUGCUCUGUAAGUACAGUUACCAGAGUCUAAAUAUUACCAAAAGAAUAAUGAGUCUUACCUUUGCAAGACAUUGUAUUGUCGCUUUGACAGUAAGAGUCAUCCUUAUUGUUUAUGCAAAUUUUCACGACAACAAUUUCGACGUACCGUAUACAGAUGUCGACUAUAAAGUUUUUACGGAUGCAGCUCGCCAUAUAAUACAGAGAGAGUCCCCGUUUGAGCGUCAUACGUAUCGUUAUACACCAUUAUUGGCUCUAUUACUUACGCCAAAUAUUUUGUUGCAUUUAGAUUUUGGUAAAUUAAUAUUUUCUCUGGUAGACAUAUUAGUCUCUCUUCUAAUUAAAAGGAUCCUCAUCAAGCAGUACUGCACCAGAAGUACUGCUGAGUUCUGUGCCCUUUUAUGGCUUUACAAUCCCUUGACAAUUGUAAUAUCAACAAGAGGGAAUGCAGACUCACUCGCUGUGCUUCUGGUAUUAUUGACAUUGUCAAUGUUGCAGAAUGACAAUUCACUGCUCACCGGUGUACUACAUGGCUUGUCUAUUCACUUCAGACUUUAUCCUAUUGCUUUCAGUUUGGCAAUGUAUCUUUCACUACAUACUAAAAACCAAUUGAUUGCCCUUCCCAAUGUAAAACAAGUGAAAUUGAUUCUAGGCUGUAUUUUAUCUUUAUCACUGCUUACGGCUAGCUGCUAUUACUUCUAUGGUUAUAAAUUCCUUUAUGAGAGUUUGAUUUAUCAUCUGAUACGGAAGGAUGCCAGACACAAUUUUUCUGUCUAUUUUUAUAUGCAGUAUUUGACAGCGUUGCAAGUAUCAGGAAUUCUACAGAAAAUUCUUACUUUUUUGCCGCAAUUAGUUCUACUGGUUAUACUGUCUGUUCGUUACUCAACCAAAUUCAGUUUACCCUUUGCAAUGUUCACUCAAGCACUGGUAAUGGUGACAUACAAUCCAGUCAUGACCUCGCAAUAUUUUUUUUGGUUUUUGUCUCUGCUUCCAAUAUGCCUGACAAAUUUAUGUUUGAGUAAAUGCAGAUCCAUUUUUUUACUUGGGAUCUGGUUGAUUGCUCAGGGGCUCUGGUUGUUUGCUGCUUACCUAUUGGAAUUUAAGGGUCUAAAUUCUUUUUUAUACAUAUGGAUAGCUGGUCUAUUGUUCUUCAUGGCAAACGUUAAAAUACUGCUAGAUAUUAUUGUUGGUUAUAGGGAUAUACCUCAAAUUUAAUGAGAUUUUGCGUAUAAGUUCAGUUACUGUAAUUUUAUCUUUUUUCGUUUCAACAUAUAUGUACAUCUUUAUUCUUUAAUAUAUGGUAGAACUGUUAUUUUGUAUUAUAUAAUUCUACUAUGGGAGUUUGUGAGUUACAAUAGGAUUAGUGAAUAAAAAAUUAUUAUUAACCAUUGUCAGAGCGUAGCGUACGUUGUUUAUUUAAAAAAAUUAGUUUAUAUUCGGAUUUUCUAUUCCAUGAACUAGCAACUCGACUGUAUAAUCACUAACUAGACGUUGAUAAUAACUGUCCAAAUUCAUCUGAUACGACAUGGUGAACGAUUCAGUGUUAUUUUAUUUAACUCAUGUAUAAUUGUAAAAUCGAAAAAUAAUAUUUACAUAUAUGGCUACAAUUGGAUAUUUUCUCUCAAGGUAAAUAAAGGUAAAGAAAGGCAAAGGGAAAAGUAAAUUUUAAAGAAAAUAGCUGUAAAGUUAUAAAAAACUAUUACAGCAUUCUCUCUCUCUCUCUCUCUCUCUCUCUCUCUCUCUCUCUCUUACUCAUACACACAACACGCGCCACACGCGCGUGAGUUCUCCAAUUCUCAUAUCCUCAGUGUAUGUACAAGGACACGUGAAACGUGAACUCUUAAUGAUUUCUCUUAUGUUUAUUUUGCAGGAAUACAAAAUAUGUAUUUACAGAUAGUUUCACAAAGUAACAGUGGUAAAUUCUUAAAAGGAAUGUAGAUAGUUUAGGUAGUGUCAAUUAAUUAAUCGAUAGAUCGUGUACAAUUAAUUAAUCGAUAAUAAUAAUCAGUAAGUCUUAUUAAUUCGAAUAAUUACAUAUGAACCGUGAUCAAGAGCGCUCCUCUUGGAUCCCGAUCGGAAUUUCACCAAAAAUCCGUCAUACCGUCAAUAUUUCUAGUAGGCUACUAGUACUGUUAUCAAUUUCAUCCCGCAUUCGUCAUUGAACUCUGUGUUUUGUGCAUUAUUUAAUUAAAAAUCGACAUUUUUUGACUUAAAAA